AUGGGCGAUAGCUAUUCUGCUACUUCUGGCCAUACAGCCACCACGGCCGUCAACCGACCAACAAUUGACACCAACACUGAGACCCAGGAGAAGCCGCAGUCCCCUAACAAUGAUCCUACACGUCUUCAGAGUCUCGACACUUCCGAUCAGAAGCGCCUGCACAGUCUCGAAAUCCCCCUCGACAAUGUUCGCUCUCCCCCUUCUCCCGCCGUAGGCGUCAACCCUGCUCUUUUCCGCAAGCAGACCUCCCUCGAUAUUGAUGACUACUUCACCGGUCCUCGUGAUAUUCAGAAGCACUCAAAAUGGCCUCUCGUCAUGCAGAUGCACGGCUCCAUCAUGCCCAAGCUGAUCAUCCCUCUGGUCGCUAUUGGCGCCUGGUCGACUGCCAUUACUCUCAUCCACAAGCAGGUCCACAACAUUUCUGUUGACUCGGUUCUGCUCACCAUUCUGGGUUUCGUCGUCGGUCUUAGUCUGUCGUUCCGAUCCUCGACUGCGUACGAGCGUUACGCCGAGGGUCGCCGAUACUGGGGUAUGCUUACCAUGGCUUCUCAGACACUGGGCCGUAUCUUCUGGAUUCACGCCAAGGAUGUCGCAGAUCAAGAUCCCCGCGAGACUAUCCUCAAGAAGAUUGGCGCGAUGAACCUCAUUGUUGCUUUCUCAGUUUCUCUCAAGCAUGCCCUUCGAUUCGAGCCCUACAGCGCCUACCCCGAUCUGGAGCAUCUCAUCGGCCACCUCAACACCUUUGCCAAGGAUGCCACUGUCGCUGAUCCUGAUGGCCCUGUUAUCAAGAAGAAGAACAUGUUCAAGUCCGUUGGAGAGUAUCUUGGCGUGUCGUUUGCUCAGAGCAACCCCCGUAAGGCUCUUAAGAAGACCGACAAGCCUCUUGGCAACCUCCCCCUCGAGAUUCUUAACCACCUCGCCAUCACCAUUGAUCGAAUGGUCGCUCAGGAGCAACUCCCUGUCCCAAUGCAGCAGACUCUUGCUUACAACCACCUCACCAUGAUGAACGACUGCAUGACGGGCUGUGACCGUGUUCUCAACACUCCUCUGCCCAUUGCUUACACCAUUGCUAUCAGCCAGAUCACCUUCGUCUAUGUAUUUGUCCUCCCCUUCCAGCUUGUCGAUAAGCUUCAGUAUAUCACGAUUCCGGCUUCUGUUGUCGCCGCUUAUAUCAUUUUCGGACUUCUAUUCAUCGGCCAAGAAAUCGAGAACCCCUUUGGACACGACGUCAACGAUCUCCCUCUCGAGAUCUACUGCGAUCAGAUUGCGGCUGAUAUGGAUAUCAUCGCGUCUCAUGAUAAGCGCGAGCCGGAUGCAUUCCUCCUCAGCCACAACAGCAUGCCUCUCUACCCUGUCAGCACUGCUUCUUCCAACGCCUGGAUGAAGCGAAGUGACGAGAAGCUUCGCCAGACCAUCAGGGACAAGCCAAACACCAUGUUUGAGUGGCGUAAGGAGAUUGCCCGCAAGAAGUUGAACGGUGGCAAGUUUGGCACCAACGACAUGAAGAUGAACCCUGGCGACCAUAACGUCUAG